UCUCAGGUCACCUGAUUCUGCCAUUUUGCGCUGAGCAUCCGGAUCUGAAUUGGUGGCAAACGCUGGAUUUGUUCAUCUGUGGCAUCAAGAUGCUGAAAUGCUGAAUUCGCAUGUGUAAGGACCUUGGUGUAAGACUGGGAUUUGGAUGAUUGUUAUGCUUAUUGCUCUAUCCUCAUGAAGCAGGCUGAAGGAAUCUGACAAUGACACUAAGUAGCUAGCUUGAGCCUGAUCCUGAUCCUGAUCCUGAACCUGAACCUGGUUCUCAUUCUGUUCUACUCUGCGCUUUAGUGAGUGUAUACCGGGGCGUUUUUCUGCUACAAGCUUCACCUUAGCUUCUCACCUCCAACAACAACAAGAAGAAAACGUACAUCGUAACGCCAUUGGUAUCGGAGCAGCAGUUACAUGGUUAACCGGCGGCGCGGGAGGGUAGCAGUCACCAUAGUGAUGUCCUAUUGCGGGUAGUAACGCACGCACGCACGGUCUGCUUCAGUUAACCGCAUUUCGAUCGCUCGUCACUUUCGGAUCGUUGGGGGUUUAUUCAGUGCGCGCUCGUUCGUCCUUGAUCGGCACGACGUUCAGCUGAAUCUCAGCGCAUCCCGUCGAUCUCUGCACACAUCCAGUGCGCUCUCCACCCCUGCAGUGAAUACGUCCAUUGAUUGAAACGCGAUCUCUCUCUCUCUCUCUCUCUCUCUCUCUCUCUCUCUCUCUCUCUCUCUCUCUCUCUCUCUCUCUCUCUCUCUCUAUUUUUUACACACACACGCACACACACACACACGCACACACGCACGCACACACACACGCGCACACACACACACACACACACACACACACACACACACACACACACACACACACACACACACACACAGAAGAACAGAUCAUGUCGGGACAGUCUAUCACGGACCGGAUCGCCGCGGCGCAGCACAGCAUGAGCGGUUCAGCCAUCAGCAAAGCCGUGUGCAAGGCCACGACGCACGAAGUCAGCGCGCCCAAGAAGAAGCACCUUGACUAUCUGAUGCAUUGCACCAAUGAGCUGAGUGUGAGUAUACCUCAUCUGGCUGACACGCUGAUUGAAAGGACAUCCAGUCAAAGCUGGGUUGUGGUGUUCAAGACCCUUAUCACCACACAUCAUCUCAUGAUGUAUGGCAAUGAGAGGUUCAUCCAAUAUCUUGCAUCCAGAAGCACACUCUUUAACUUGAAUAAUUUCAUAGAUAAAGGGGCAUUACAAGGUUAUGACAUGUCCACCUACAUCAGACGAUAUAGCAGAUAUCUCAAUGAACGGGCAAUGUCCUACAGACUGGUAGCAGUCGACUUCACCAAGAUGAAGAGGGGGAUUGAUGGGGUGAUGCGCACUAUGAGCACAGAGAAGCUGAUGAAGACCCUCCCAAUUAUUCAAACUCAGCUGGAUGCACUUCUGGACUUUGAGGCCAGCUCUAAUGUACUGACAAACGGUGUGAUCAAUGGUGCCUUCAUGUUGCUCUUCAAGGACUCUAUCCGCAUCUUUGCUGCUUACAACGAGGGUGUUAUUAACCUUCUAGAGAAAUAUUUUGAUAUGAAGAAGCACCAGUGUAAAGAAGCCCUGGAAAUAUACAAGAGGUUUCUAAUCAGGAUGACCAAGCUCUCAGAGUUUCUCAAAGUGGCAGAGCAAGUUGGAAUUGAUCAGGUUGACAUCCCAGAUCUCUCACAGGCCCCAAGUAGUCUCUUACAAGCUCUUGAACAACACUUGGCCUCUCUGGAAGGCAAGAAAAUCAAAGAGCUCUCCUCCAUCAACAGGGAUGAGAAACAGCAGGCUCAGGAGGCUGAUGGCAACAGAUUACAGCCUGCAAAGGGAGUACAGCUCAAAGAUAUUGGCAUGCAGACCCCAACGGUGUCCCCCAGUGGGCAGUCUGUGGGCAGUGCCAACAGCAGCUGCACCAGCAGUGGUGCUACUGAGCUCCUCUCUAAUCCACCAGAUCUACCCAUCACAAACGGUGUGCACAGUUUCACCAGUGAUCAUUUCGACCUCCAACACAACCUCAGCGUCCCUGUUCCGACUAGCACCCUGCCUGCUACUAACAACGGUUGGGGAGGACCCCUACUCAAGCCUAAUUCACAGGUCCACGGCCAAGGCACACAUCACUAUAACGGAGGAAAGUUACUGACUAACGACCUGGACUCCUCUUUGGCCAACCUAGUGGGCAAUUUGCACUUUGGAGCACCCCUGGCCAAAAAUGAAGACGGACUAUGUUUUUUCUUUAGGCCAGAGAUGCAGUGGACCCACCUGGAGAAGAAAACCACAGGAGGAUCUCACUGGCAGUCUAAAGCCAUGAGUGGCACCGCACAGUGGACACACACACACUUGGCCCCUGCCCCUAUUCCUGUGCCACAGAUGGCACCAGCUCCGGUAGCAUUACCAAUGACAACCCCCCAAGUGCCUGUAUAUGGGAUGAUCCCUCCUCCCAUGGGCCAGAUGAGUUCAAUGCCCUUGAUGGCACCCCAGCCUGUAAUGUACAACCAGCCUGUUCUCCGCACCACCAACCCCUUUACCCCUAUCCCUGGGACUCAGAUGCACUUCAUGUAGCGCUAAGGAGAGCAUCAGACUGACAGUAGCGCCAGAGGAAAAACAUCAACCAACCCAAAACCAAAUAUGACAACGGAGAAGUGAGAAUUGGUUCAGAGACUGACAUAUUCAUGUGCCAUUUUUGCCCCUUGAGCUGUGUGUUUGUAGCAUCCCUGCCCCAAGAGCAUAACAUAGUCCUGUCAUUUUACACGUUCUCUUUAAUUUCCUAAGUGUCAGAUCUAGUGAUUCUAGAUGGCCCUCUUAGAUGAUGUCACUGGCUGAAUGCGAAAGGAGUGACAAUGUAUAGUGAUUUGCGGUGGAAUGAAACAAUGUCAUGAUGUCAAGUCUCCUGCCCCCCUAUUUCCCUCCCACGGUCGGAGAGUUUGUUGUUGUAAUUGUGUGCACUUGAAUCUUUAAUGUUUAUAAUGUCUAAACCAAGCCACGGUUUUGUAUGCACAUUGCCUGAAUAGUGUUUCGAACCACUGUCAAUGUUGAUGAUCGUGCCACAGUUGCUGGCCUCCUGAAUUCUUGAGUCCUGGAGAAACGUGUACAGGUCACUUUUGUACAUUUGUCUUGUCCCUGAACAUUUUGGACUUCACCUUUACAAGUUGAAGCUGUUUAUGCAUACAGUAACUUGUAACAUUUCAUUCAGGUAUGGUUAAGGUAUGGCUGUAUGGAUUAAAAACAAAUACAGCAGUG